AUGGAUUAAGAUUUUGAAAACAAAACAUGCUACAAGCAUAUAAAUCAAAAAAUACUUACCGUUGAUUUGAAGAGAUCAAAAUAAGAUGAAAGUAGGUACUUAUGUUUAAAGUGCUUAAUUGAUUUAAUAGAUAACUAAAAUAUAACAGAAGUGAAAGAAACUAAAGAAAUGAUCAAAGAUAUUAAAAACAAAUAAAAAGAAUAAAAAAUACAGAAUCUUGAGAAAACAAUUAGCUGUUUACAAUCAGCUUAAUAAAAUUUAUAUCAAUUCAAAGAAGCAAUAAAUAAAUUACUUGGAACUAUAUUAGAUAGUAUCUUAAACAAAAUUUAGGACAUAUCCUAAUAAUUAGAAUAAAUUAAAUAAUAAGAAGUGUUAAUUAAUUAUUCUAAAGAUUUAAAUACUCUUUCAGAAAAUUAUAAAGGAUUUUAUGAUUAUGAUAUUCCUUUAGAAAAUGAUGAAAACAAUAGAGAAAAAGAGUUUAUAAAUAAAAUUCAAUCAUCAUUAUUAGAAUUAGCUUAACAUUAAAAUCUACUAGGAACCUUGAAAGAUAUGGAUAAAUUAAAAUCCUUUUAAAUCCUUCCAAUAAAGAAAUCAUGGACAAAGUUGCAAGAAACUAAUGUAUAUGUUAUAAUUAUCUCAAGAAAACUCCUAGUUUAAGAAUAAAUUGUAAUUAGCAUGGAAAAGAAGUUAUUAUGUUCAACAUUUGUUAAGAUUAAGAAUAAAUUAAUAGAUUAGCAUGUGUAGAUUGCAUUUAAUAAAAUCCAACUCAUUAUAUAACAUUGGAAUAGGCAAAUAUAAAGUGGAAUGAAAUUAAAGGAAAAUAAUAUGAGAUAAUGAUUUAAUAUACGGAGAAAAGAGCAUAAAAGAAAAAGAAUUUUAUAAAGUAGCUUGAGAUAAAUUGUAAUGAAUAUUUAGAAAAUGCUACUAAAAUAAUUCAAUCUUUUCAAGAAUAAACCUUGUUUCUUGAAAGUUAAUCCCAAAAAAUUCAAGAAUUUAAUAAUCAGCAUUUAAAUGAAUUAGAUUAUAAGCAUCUUCAAGAUGUUAUAGAGAUUCUAACUAAGAAUAACAGUUUAAUAGUCAUAAAUUAACAACAAUUAAAAUAAGAAUAAUAUGAUUAAAGAUAUUAUGAUGAUGCAAUAAAAUCAUUUUUAAAAUUGAUAUCAUUCAACAAAACCAAUGUGUAAAAUAUGUUGUUAAUAAACAAUUAAAUAAUGCAAGGUAAAUAUAUUUGUUUAGUUUUUAUUAGAUGAAGAAGUUCCAUUACCAUAAAACAAUUUAAAUAAAAAUAAUAAAAAUAUUUAGCAAGAAUAUUUAGAAAUAAUCAACAAAUUAGAUCUUUUUUAAAUGGAACUUUAAAUAUUUCAAAAUAUUACGUAAUCUUAUCAAAUUAUUGAUAAAUAAGCUGAAUAAAUGAAAUCACUUUUAAAAGCUUAAUUAAAUGAAUAGCCUGAAAAAUAAUUAUAGUAGAAAUUUGAAUUUUUUGAUUAACUACACUAAAGUUUUUUAGAGAAUACUGAGAUUUUAAAAAAAUUUUUUUCAAUUGAAAAAUUAGAGUAAAGAAAUCUGAGUGGAGAAUAGAAAAUUCAAGAAUUAGAUAAUAAAUUAAAAUAAAAAAUACUUUUAUUUGACAAGUUAAAUUAAUAAAAGGAGGAAUUAAAUAAUUAACUCUAAAUACAAAAUAAUCAAAUUGAAUAAUUAAGUAAAAAGUAAAUUAUAUCAUUAGAUUAAUAGAAAUAAUAAAAUUUAGAUGAAAUUAAUAGAUAAAAAGUAGAAAUAGAAAAUUAUAAGUAAAUUAGUGCACAGAAUUUAAAGAUAAGAGAUGAGGAGAUAAAUACUUUAAAAUAAUGGAAAUAAUAAUUAGAAUAAAAUCCUGUACAAAUUACAUUUUUUAUUUUUAGUUAUAUUCAGCUUUUUAACAGGAAGAAAGGACAGUAACAGAAAUGAAUUAAUAUGCUAGAGAAUUAGAGUUUUGUUCAUUUAAUAAGCAUCAACAUCUUAAGGUUCCUGAAAAUGAAAGGAAAAAAAUAAAAACUGAAACAGGAAACAGUGGUUGGUAUUUCGGAAUAUGUAAUAAAAGAAUUCCAGAUAAGAGAGUAACUAAAGUUUGUUUUAAAGUGACAGGAUAAGAGAAAGAGGCUUUUAUAUUAGGAAUAGGUAGCAAAGAUAUUAUGAGAUAAAAUAACUUCUAUGAUUGUCAGAAAUAGGGAAGAGGGUAAUUUCUAACAUAAUUCAAGAACUUAUAUACUGAUGAAUUAUGAAGGAUUUUUUAAUCAUCAAGGAUAGAAGAGAGAAGCAUUUAAAUUCUGGCCCAACGAUGUCAUUAUGAUUGAGGUCGAUAUGAAUUUAAAAUUUAUUAGAUGGACAAAAAAAGACACAAGAGAUGGAUUUGUAUAUUUUAUUCAUUAUAUUUAGGCUACAAAAUUAGUAUUGGAAGGAGAAUUAUAUUUUUGCGUGGGUCUUUGGUAUAGAGAUUAAUCAAUAUAGAUAUUAAAUGAUUUUUUUUGA